CUUCAGUGACUCAGUUCACUGAUCAAGCUUUCAAGCCUGUACAAGUGUCUGGCAGCUACUACUAAACAACGUCGACAAACUUGACUACCAGCAUUUUGACCACGGCGGCCGCCAUGGCAUCCAAAUGAAAGUAACGUCCAUGAAGUUUCCAGCAAGUUCGCGAACAGUCCCUCGUACAAGCUGUGGGUAUGGUGCCGUGGAGAGUGGGGGGUGUACUUCCUGUGUACCUGCUCACAGUGCCUAGGGUCCUACGACUUCAGAUCGCAAGUCAUUUGCUGUGCUGCACAGCCGCUCAGAUCUCGAUCAGCCUGGUUCGGUGAGUUGGAGUGACCACAGCGGACUAGCCACACAUUAGUCAUCCACCCCACACUCAGAUACGUAUAAAAGGCGAGUAGUGAAUUGUAGGAAGAAUAAACAAGCAGAUUACUCCACUAACAACUCCUCUUCUUUAUGACCGUUUCAACCACUGCGCUCAUCGCUAACAAGCUGUCUCGCGUACCAACAUCACAUUCGCAGGAGGAACGCUUUCGCGCUCUCGACCGGAACCUGGCUAGAAGAUAUGUAGCGCUCCUCCUUCGUCAGGCCAGAAUGUCUGAAGCCAGGCGAUUGGGCGAUGGCGAGCUGCUCUACAGACCGAGGGUAGAAGUAUGUGACGAUCCGUCCUCGUCCCGCAUAACGGCGACGGUAGAGCUGCCUGGAGUAAAUGCGGAGGAAAUCAGUCUUCAGGUUGGCACAAACAGUACACUUCGUAUAUCAGGAGAACGGAAGAGGAGAAUAUCCCAUACACCGGGGCCAGACGCCAAAUAUCCUCUUCAGGAAAUCAAAUAUGGCAAAUAUGAACGCGUCCUUCAGCUUCCGCAGGGAACGAUGUUGAGUACCAUAUCUGCUGCUGUGGACAGUGGGUUGCUCGUUUUGUCGUGGCCCCGAAUUCCACCGAACGCCAGUGGGUCUACCAGUACCGUAGCUGAGGCCGUGGAAUCUUCUUAAUACGUUUCAUUUGAGAUGGUGGACCUUGUGUAUCCUUUAUCAAUUGCAGGGGUAGACGUUUACACUAAUAGAAGUUUAAUUCCGCAACGGACUCCUUUUUGGCUUCACAGGACAUUACCCUCUACUUAUUUUUUGCACUGUAUUUUCGUAUGCACCUCAACCGUCCUCACCCUCAUGUAUUUUGCUUCGCUAUUAGUAUUUAGCGCCAGCACUUUUGUUACAAAAUGAAAACUACGCACUAUAGGAGU